AUGGAUACCCUCGGCGACGACUGCCUCCACAAGCUCCUGACCUUUGUUCCUUUAAAGGACUGCGCCCGCGGGGCGGGAGCCGCCUCGAAGCAUUUACGCGACCUGGCGACGUCGACGACACUCGCGCGCGCCCGCGGCGCGGACAGCUACGCGUUGCGACGGCCAGAGCCGUCAGGUCGCGGCGUCACCGGCGUGGUCCACGCACUCGCAACUGCGCUCGGGACGCGGCAGUGGCCUACAAGAAUAGUACGCAGCAGCCAUCAAAAUAGCGCACAAGUGGUGGCCAAUGCAGCGGUGCCGCCCGCGGGGCUCGUAAUCACGAUUCAUCGGGAAGGUCUCAUGGAAUUACGUUUUGAUCCAGACACGGAGCCCUACGCAUCUUUUUUAAAGUCGGCAAUCGUCGAUCAGAAUGUAGCCAGGAAGAUCAGUGGU